CUUUCUCUCAAUGGGUCAUGAUCAGUGGAAUUCACUCCCCCAGUGUAAAUGCAUUGAGUAAAUUUAAGGAAGAUACUCCAUUCUGGAAACUGCCAUGGAAUACGGUCAGAAGAAUCGGCGUCAGAUGGAAAGUCUCUGCUCCCGUCUCAAGGAGCUCUUCUGCAUUGGCCUGAUUGCCCUGGUGGGUCACUCUGCUAUGACUGGGGGCGAUGUAGAGGCAUUGAAGAGAGAGUGGAAUGAGAAAAUGGCCAAAGUAGAAAAUAAAAUGAAAUCCAUGAUAGAUCGGUGCAUCAAUGAGUUUCCUGACCAGGCAGAAAUAGAUGUUAAGCAAAUGAUAAAUCGAAGGGGUGAAAGAAAUAACUGUGAAUGUGUAAGUUACAUUCUAGAUGGUUUAUUGAAGAAAUAUGAUUGGAUUAAAUGGUCUGUCCGGGUCUAUGACCCUGUCAGUGGCUUCGACAAUCACUGUGUCAAUGGCCCCAAUCGGUUUCACCUUUUCAGACACAAUGGGGUUAAUGCUGUUGCCUCCUAUGCAAUUGAUCCAAAACCAAUUGAUAAAAGUUACAUAAGGGAGUUAAUGGAGGGGAAAGAUGGCUGGUCUGAUGCAAGACGGGUUGCAGAACAUGUGUACAAUAACCUUCCCCCUGGGCAUGUUGUACACACAGUGAGACGCCUCAAGGGUCUGUGGUAUAGUGGUAACUUUCCUGCAGAUUGUCAUUUCUGGGAAAAUUACUCAGGUGUCGCUCUGUGUGUUCAUUCAACAUAAACUGAGCUUCCCAGUUCCUCCUCCCCUGAGUUAAUGCUGCCGUCAUUCAGGGGAUAAGGUUUUGAGUUUUGGAAAUAUUACUCUUUUCAUUCAUUGCCAUCUAUUCGACUGGAAACCGAUGAAUUCUUAAACCUCUUCUCGGAAAUGACUACUUGUUUGACCAUUUCUCUCUCCCUGACUAUUGCAGUCCCAACAGCGUGUUUGUCCCUUUGUGUUGUUGGCAGAAAGCUACAUGGCUUCAUUUGAGAAAAACUAAAAGAACUGUUCAGGAAUGAAACAAAUUUCUGGAGAAGAUCAGCAGUUCCGGCAGCAUCUGUGAAGGAAAUAGCAGAGUUAACAUUUUGGUUCUGGUGCCCCUUCCUGACGGUUUCAUUUGAUGAUGACCCUCCUCAAUGUGACAAAUGAUUCUUUGAUCAAUGUUGCGAAACCUCAUUCGUCUUCGAUCCCCCGUCUCUGUCUUGUCUGAAUGCCCCAUAACCGGGAAUGUUGAGCUGCCAAUCAUGCCCAUCUUGUCUUUCGGCCAAGCCUCCGUUACAGCAAUGAUAACAAACUCCAUGGUGCCUCUCUGUACUCCUUAGGCACUUUGCAUUAGCAUGUAUUAGCUUAACAAACUCACUUCUUUCUUCUCUAGUCUAUGGUUUCUCUAUUUUAACCAAUUCACAUUUUAACCUCCUAUCUCGUUGUACCUUCUCAUCUGAACAUCAAAAUCCUAUGCUCCUGGCGAUCUGGUUUAAAGUUGCCCAAACAGCAUCAUAAACCUCCCUACGAGGAGGUUGGUCAUGUUCCUGCUCAACUGUAACACAUCCAACUUAUAAAGAGCCCACCAUCUGAAGAAUCGAAAGCUCUGUUUCCUGAACCAUCUCUCCAGUAACACAUUCAUCUGCUCUAUCCUGCCAUUCUGAUUCUCUCUACUGCACGGCACCAAGGAAAAUCCAGAGGUUCCUACCUUUGAAGUUCUGCCUUUCAAUUUCUGACCUAACUCCCUCAUUUCUCCUUCUCCCUCUGUCACUGGUCCCAACAUGGUCCAUAACUUCUGGUUAUUCCCUGUUGCCCCUCCACAUGCCUGUCCACUAUUCCAUGGUAAACUAUGAGGCUGGGAUCUCAGGACAUACCUUAAUAGGAAAAGAAAUCUUCCAUUUCACUUGCACUUGCCCUUUCAUGUGUAGAGAUGAGACAAAUCCUGUUCAUAUUAAUACAAAAGUCCGACUCAGGUUCAUGAUCUUUAUUCAUUCAUGGAAUGAGGGUGUCAGUGGCCAGGUCACAUUUAUUGCCCAUCCCUAAUUGCCCACAUGGCUGUUAAGAGUCAACCAGAUUGCUGUGGGUCUGGAGUCAUAUGUAGG